AUGUCAUGGUUCCCGACACUGCCGCUGCUGGACGGGUUGCUUGCAGAUGUUCUGGUCAAAGGCGCGGGCGGCGGGGUGGCGUUCUCCCUCGUCAACGCCGCCGACACCUGGCAGUGGUGGCACUACCCGGCGUGGCUGUCUGUCAUACUGCUGGGUCUAGAGUUCGUUGCAGCGAUGGUGCACGUCUUCGGCCGGGCGUCUAAGGCGGCGACCAUCAGGCCUCGCGGGAAGCACCUCGACGAGUUUACGCCGCUGGACAGGCUGUUCGUCGCGUUCAACCGGUGCAGCACCGCCGUGUUCACCUACCACGCCGUCCAGUACCUCUGGUACGCGCCCUGGGGCGGGCGGGUCGCCUGGGGCGUCUCGGAGCUGGGGCUCGCCAGCGGGCUGGGGGCGCUCGUCGCGCAGUACGUCGUGUACGACCUCUUCUACACGGUGUUCCACAGGGUACUGCACCUCCGAGGCCUGUACAAGCACAUCCACAAGCACCACCACCGGCAGAAGGCGCCCACGCGGGGCAACGCCGACGCCGUCAACGUGCACCCGCUCGAGUUCCUCGGCGGGGAGUACAACCACCUCUUGGCGCUGCACCUGGUCUCGAGGUACGUCGUGCCGGUGCACGUCGUGUCCGCGGGCGCUUUCAUCGUCGCCGGUGGGUUCUUCGCGUCGCUGAAUCACACGCGGUUUGAUAUCCGCAUCCCGUUCCUGUACGAGGUGCGAUAUCACGACAUCCACCACUGGUACCCGGAAUGCAACUACGGGCAGUACACCAUGUUGUGGGACUGGGUGAUGGGCAGUCUAAAGGCCUAUCCCGCGGAGGAAGAUCGCGGCGAGAGGAAGAGGAACCUUGGCGGCGGCGUAACGCCUCCGGCGAAUGGCGCGCGCUCCGAUAGUACGGCUGCGGAAAACAAGGAAAAGGCGGGGUAGCCAGAUAGAUCCCACCUGCCGUAGGUGGUGGCAUAAGAUGUCCCCCCCCCCCCCCCCUGGACGAAUUUUAGAGGCUCGAUUUCUCCACAGCAGAAAAGAGUGGUAACGGCGGCGCUGAAGCCGUCUCGUCGAAAGUUCUAUUCCGAAAACGCGGCGUUUUAUUUUAGCAUCCUCUUGGUGGAGUAGUCGAGCUUUGAAUAUCGGGAGCAGGGGGUGUGGUAUCUUGUGUCAUGUCACCUGCGGUACCCGGGAACACGUUGCGUGGGCGGAGAGCGCCCGCUGCCGAAACAGAGAAGGAGAAAGUGGGCCGACCAAAGUGUCGCGGUGGGAAUUGCUUCGCGGAUCGAGGGAGGGCUAGCAGCAGAGUUUUUUAACAUAGCAUGGUGUAACACGGCAGGUUUUGCUCUGUGUAGUAGGCAUGAAGUGGUGUUCAGUUUUGAUAAUUUCCUGUACAAGGGGUAUCAGCAGAGGGAUAGUUUUUAUGUAGCUUGAGAUCAACAAGUUUAUCACUUUUUCGUACAUUGGACUGCCGCGUUUUGUGUAUUUGGUGUUCCGGCGUGUGUUUCAUCCUGUUAGUUUCGCCGGGGACGUGGUGAGGUCUCUUCUCUGUUUCAUUGUGUAGGCACGUUUUAUUCUGUGACACGAUGUGAGUGUUUUCUGCAUGCCGGCAGUAUCCAUACACAGCAAGCCCAAUAGUUGGGUCCUGGUGCUCUUGCAUGAAACAUGUUCGCGUUUCAAGGAUUCUCCGUGAGCCAACACCUCACAAAUGCUGAGUCGGAGCUUGUGGGAACCCUCGGUUUGAACGGUUUCGCCCGAACUCAUCCGCAACUCGGAUUGUGUCUGUAGUGUGUACGAGGCUCCCGUUCGGGGUUGGGUGGCUUGCCUCCCGGGGGUGACGCAAGGGGACAUGGCCAAUAGCUUAACCUUUGUUCGGUGUUAAAGUGCCGGUUGCCGUACAAUCUGCGGAUAAUAUCUCGCAAUCGUGUUGCGGGAAACUUUCUUUUUUUUUUCAUCGUGACCUUCUCGUGCGCGUGGGGAAAUGUGUGCUUGAUGUAGGCUAACGCCGUAUUUGCCGCUGAGGCUACUGCUGCCGUAGUGUAGACUUGUUGCACAUUCUCUUCGGCGAGUAUUUGGACGGUCAUCGCUACUACCCAGG